UCCUGUUCGAAAAGCAGGAUGUGACGUUUGAGAGGUGGAAGUGACUGAGAUUAGUUGGACUGCUCUACAGUCGGUGAUACCGGAGGUCAUUUGUUUGGGUACUUUACCUCCUGUGUUAUCACUGGUAAGGGAUGGCAAGUGCGGGUCCAGCUCCUUCUGCAUCUGCAGAGAAUUCAAGUCCUGGUGGAGCAAGUGGCAGUACCAAUGGAGAGGCCAGCAGUCAAGAUAGCACAUUUGAGUGCAACAUAUGCCUGGACACCGCAAAAGAUGCAGUGAUCAGCUUAUGUGGUCACCUUUUUUGUUGGCCAUGUUUGCAUCAGUGGCUGGAAACUCGACCAAACCGGCAGGUGUGUCCAGUCUGCAAAGCUGGAAUCAGCCGUGAGAAAGUCAUACCGCUGUAUGGAAGAGGAAGCACUGGGCAGGAAGAUCCCAGAGAAAAAACCCCUCCACGUCCUCAAGGGCAGAGACCAGAACCAGAAAACAGGGGUUUUCAGGGUUUCGGAUUUGGUGAUGGGGGGUUCCAGAUGUCAUUUGGUAUUGGAGCAUUCCCUUUUGGAAUAUUUGCCACAGCCUUUAACAUCAAUGAUGGCCGCCCUCCACCAGCAGUUCCUGGGACUCCACAAUAUGUCGAUGAACAGUUUCUCUCUCGUCUCUUCCUCUUUGUUGCCUUGGUGAUUAUGUUCUGGCUGCUAAUUGCAUGAUGCUGGCUCCAUGUGAUAAAGACUAGGUUUAACAGACUGCAUACCUUUCCUUGAAAAUCACAAAUCUGCCAUAUUAUUACUCUUGUCAUCAAAAUGCGCCAUUCUUGAUGCCGUGCUCCACAGUUUGUAAUGGAUGACAGUUGGGUGCACUACAUUUAAAAUAUAUAUAUAUAUUAGAGAGAAAUAAAUAGUAUUAUUGACUAGGGAUGAGCUUUGUAAGAGCAGGGUUUUCUGGAAAAGCAUUGCAAAAUGACAACAGGAAGGCAGCAGUGUAAGAAAAAUAAUACAACCAGUUGUGUAAUAUCAGGAUGCAAUUUGACUCACUUCAAUAUAACUUCUAUAAUGAAUCAAAUUACACUAGAAGAUCAGAUUACGUAGCUGACAAGGAGAGUGGAAGCCUGAUUGGGAGUGAAGCACUUUCAGAGUCAAAAUAUGGAACCAAAAUCACAAGAUAAAGUUAUUCAAGAGGAUGAGUGAUAUAGGCAUAACAGCAGAAUAGAAGUUUGUACACAAAUACCUAAAAGUCUCCAGAUACUGAACUACUGUAGAAGGAACAAUGGAAACCUCAGAACUGUGCAGAACACAGAUUAAUGCAACAGAAGAAUGCCUGACCUGCAAGUGAAGCAUAUGGUGUGGAGUUGGAGAUAUUUUCUGGCAUUUCUGACACCAGACACAGCCCGAUGUGUAGUCACCUCCAGUGAAGAGAAUGCUGUUCAUACUGUAUUCCCUAAGAACUUAUGACCCAGGUUGGGCUGAAAUGAUGUUGAUUCCUCAAUUUUAUGAGAUUUUAAUAUUUAAAUUACAGUUAAUUAAAUGAUACUUUUUGAAAGAUAUCUUGAAGUACUGCUAAAGUAUAUAUGAAUAUAAAGAAAUUGAACAUACUUUAAAAGGGAUCCUAUCACAAAUUCCUUGGGGUUUUUUUGUCCUUUUUUUUGUAUAUAUGAUUAAAUAGCACGAUGCAGUU